AUGUAUUCGGGCAGGUCCCUCAAGAGCGGUGGGACAUAUACAGUCCUGAUCCUUCUCGCACUGCUAUCAUUCACGUCUCUAACAGCCGCAUCUACGCCGACAUCCUUUUGCAAAUGUACCUGCUUCUCCAAUAGUACGAUUAUCCCGCUCGCAUCUGCCAAAUCCGGCUCGACAUCUUCCUACGACAAUACCCUUAACCUAUUUGGGCGUGCAUUUGGCCUGGAAUCGGAUCCGAGCCCUGAGCUAGAGGACCGUGAUAAUGAUAAUCAUGCUCGGACAUCAGAAUACCGUGGACUCAGCUGUACUGACUGCAAUCGAAAGUUCUGCUUGAACUAUGAUCUGCCGAUCUGCAAGGAUGCGAAGGAGGAGGACGUGUUCACCACUUGCUUCCAGCGAGAUUCUCAAAAAGAUGAAGCAGUUGUAUUUAUUUUCAUUUUUGCCACUGGUGGACUGCUUGCAUGGGCGGUAUUAAAGCCAUGGAUUGAGAGAUAUCUCGAGGCUGCACGAGAACGCCGGUCGUACAUUCCUGUUGCUGAGCCCGAUAGUUGA